AUGGUAGACCGCGAGCAACUGGUGCAGAAAGCCAGGCUGGCCGAGCAGGCGGAGAGGUACGAUGAUAUGGCAGCUGCCAUGAAAUCGGUAAGUAGCUUCCUCUGGAGCCACCUUUCUCCUUAGAAAAAACCAACACGUUUAUUCAGCAUAUCCCCUUCUGUAUAGGUGUUAAUGCGAGAAAUAUCAAAAGCUAAGCUAAGCUAGCAUGAGGGGCAGUAAUACGCAGACAAGGAGGGUGCUGCUGUGUUAGGGCACAUUUCCAGUUUAGCGGAUAAGCCAGACAAAAAUGGUGUAUUAAACUUCUGAUUAAAGACUGUAAUUAUAAGAAGGAGCUUAAUGUAAGCAGGAUAUAAACACGUUUUCAUACAGUUUGGGUAACAUCAUUUUGGACAGCACUGCAAGGCCUGUAAAGCCUGCUUUCACAUGUCACCCGGUUGUUUCCGAACAUUUCAGACAUUAUCAAACUAUUUUGACACGACCAGCUUCAGCUGAAAUGAUUUCUCUCGAGUAAAUCGUGGGCUUUGGUUGGCGGUGUGCUGCGGUGGAUUGGGGUUGUCUGAAUUGCGGACUGUUUGAUCUUGGGGCGGUGCCUUUCGACAGGCUUCGUUACAAACGAGCAGGCUGCCUUAUUGUGAAAGAAUAGAGGGGAAUAAAUCAAUAAAAGGCGAGAAAGAGGCUUUGAAAGCGUCUUCUCGAUUUAAUUUGCUCCAAAAAUGAAGCAGAAUCCGAAUAAUCUCGUCGAAAGAUGCGCAUAGUGGCGGAGCAGAGGACGGCUAGGUGGUACCAUGAUGAGAGUGACAUCGUAGGCUGAGCUGAUGGUCGUGUUCCGGUUUCCAGGAUGCUGAGCUCCAUUGAUUUACUGAGGAAAACCUCAUUUUCUCCAUCUUGAUGGUGCGAAUAAGGCAGCAUCCUCCUUAUUGCUCCACUUUUGGCGCAUUGACGGAGAGCAAUGUUGGCUGAAGGUUGAUCGAUUUGCGCAGAAGCAGCGCACAAAAACCCUACGAAGCGCUCACCUUUCAUUCAGACGUGGGUGUUGGUGGACGGACAGCAUUCCAGAAAGCUCUGUGGAUGUCAUAUUGCAGCAAAAAAAAAAAAAAAAAAUGCUCGAUUUUUUUUUAUUUCAACAGUGCGUGCAAUUUGUAUUAUGAAGGAGCGUCUGUGUUAAUCGAUGCUGUGUGUAGCAGCCGCAUCCCUGCGUCCUCGACCUCCUCCAGCAGGUUCCCACACAGAGGCGUGCCGCAGCAUCUGCCAAGAUGCAGCACAGGCCCACCCGUAGUGCACCAUUUCAUAGGCAGCGUUUUAUCACAGCUCCACAAAGGCUGCAUCUCUCUGUGGGGGCACUGUGUGGACAAUAAGAUGAUAGAGGAGUGGAUGGACUGACAGGGGAAAUGUUGUGCACUGUGAGAGGGAAAUGAAGGAGAGAUAGGCCUUUAUAUCUGUACAGGGGUUUAUUUAGAGCCUGCGAUGACAAAUAAUGACCUUUUAAACAGUCUUUUAUAGAUUUAAUGUUGCCUCUAGGACUUUAUUUUUCAACCUACUUUAUCUUCCCUAAAUUCACUCACCUAUUUUUUUCCCCAAGCACUAUCUAGUAUCUGUUUGCUUUCAUUACUGAAGCUGCUAAGGCAGCAGGAACAGUGAGCCAAAGCUGUUAAAGCCAGCGUUUGUGUAAUAAAAGGUAAAACAAAUAUUAGUAGAAGCCACUUUUCCUACACCAUCUUCAACUUUAACAGUCAACAAGUAAUCUGUCAGUGUAUUUAAGGGUCACGCUUUGCACCGCUCUUGAGGACCAGGCUCUAGUGGUACUGUCAGAGUGGGCCCGGCUCCACCCCUUCCUAUUUUCUGCCGAGUCAGAGUGAGAGCUGCCCCUCACCCAGCCAGUCUCUCUGCAGCACCGGGCAGCGGGGUGUGUCUGCUGCCUCGCCCAUCAUUUCAGGGGAAUCCCUUGCCACUGCAGACAUGGUAACCGCCCCGGUGGCAACUCAACCAAAUAACCAGGAUCUCAGGACACGACACCGCACCCGUCCUCAGGAGGCACUCCUGAACCAGAGCCAACCAAAAUGAUUUAUGAAGGACUGCUGCUCACUCUCUCUUUCUCAAUACUGUCCCAACACGAUAAAAAAAACAAGAUUUCAAAAUUUAGUAUACUUUCACCACCCAAAAUUUUGUGUUGUUUUCUUUUAGUAGAGUAUAAACACACAGAGAUCCAAUUUACUGAAGAUUAUAGAGAUAUUUUCAUCACCUGGGACUGUAGUCUGCAGAAGGGAUAAUGAUUAAAAAAAGAUACAAUUGGCUCUGAUUUUAUUCCAGAUAUUUAGAGGUUUGUCUGCUUUUUGACAUCCUAAAAAAGUGUUCCUGCAGGGACUCGUUAUCUCUCCAUGUUUUCUGCAGAUUCAUUUUCUAGCAGCUGUAUGAGACAUCACAGGUUUUUCAGCAGCCCUAAAUUCAACUUGUCCUCGUUCUGUCUGUUAGGGACGUCAAGGAGUAUUUAUUAAUGCGCUCCUUCUUGCUCUGCAAAAAAAUGUGAGGUUUUGUUUUGUAUUUAAACAUUAGCAUUCGAUAUUUUAGCACUUUUGAUUCAUUUAACUCCAGACCAAGAGUCUGAAUUUUGAAACUAGGUUCCUGGAUUUUUAACAAAGAAAAAAACAUUACAAAUUGUGUUUAGUCUAUCUGAAAUGUUUUGGUUUUUACUAGUAACAAGGAAGUUAAAAGCCAAAAAAGUCAAACAUAUUUCAUUAAGAAAUGGAUGGAGAUCUUACUUGUAUACCUCCAUCAGAAUUUGCAUGUACAGCAGGUCAUGACUGUACUCUUUGCAAUGUGAUAUGUGCACUCAUAAGUAUUUGUCCCUCUCAGCAUUUUAAACCUCAGACUGUUACUCAGUGUGAUGGAGAUAAUGCUAAAAACCCUCGCAGAUUUUCCAUGCCUUGUUUUCUACAAACCUCUACCAUGUGCAGCUGUACUUUAAAUUUAAUUUUGCACUGUAAUGCCUAUAAUGUAAGAGGCCUGAUCUGUUAAAUGCAUGCAGUUUACCAUAAAUGAUGCAUCAGUUUUUUAGAAGUCACUUUCCAGUGGGGCUUGGAGUAUUGAAUAUUCAUGCUCAAAAGAACUCUGUGCUUCAGUUUGCAUAUCUAAUAAACUAUUACGUCAUAGUAUCCACACGGGGACAGAGCCUAAUAUAUCAAAUUGUGACUCACCCUUAAAGUCUGGUAGAAUAAACCUAAACAUAUCAAGCUGUUUAAAUGUACCAGGAUGUCUUAUAAUCCUACCAUUAAGAAUGCGCAUUGAUGAUUGUGCACGAGUGCUCUGGUUCUCCAUAAAUGCUCUUUGGUACGAACAAGUCACACCAAUUCAUAUUUAAAGAAGGAGCUAUUUUUAUCAAUGCACCCAAAUUUCACCCACUGCUUGAAAUAGUCUCUCUUUGUUCCAUUACAGUCCAGUCGGUGGAGAUAAUGCAGCUCCGAGCUGUUUUCGACAAACAUUAGUUAUUAAAGAGGAAAUCCACUGUCCUUUAGUGAAGAGAAACAGUCAGUGAUAGGGUGCAGUCCUUUAAGUAGAAAAGAAGUUAUAAAUCCAAACUAUCCAGUUUUUUAGAUACAGUGUGUGAUAUUUAGCAUCAUUUUGCAGGACAGACUUGGUGAAAAUGGGAAAAACCUUACCAAGUGUGGCUAAGUGAGUCUGCAAUCACCUGGAUUAGAAGAGUCAUGUAUUUAACUUUAAAUGACGCUUUCAUAUUUUCAUUUUUAGGCAGUCCCCUUCCUCUGAUGCAGCUGUCUUAUACUACCACCUUUCUACUGUCGCACAAAACAGACAAAGUAAUGUUGUUUAAAAUUAGUGGGCGUGACAAAUACAGACCAAAACACCUAAAGACUUAUUACUGAUGGGCAGUUUUAAUGCUUACAACCAUAAUCAACUUUUUGUGCAUUAUGUGAGUGAAGGUGUCCUAGAGACCACCGUCACUUUACUGACAUUUGGGGCCAAGUUCCAGUCAAUCCAAGAUUAUCCACUUAGACAGAGAGGCGUGCCUUGGAACAUUAAAAAGGUAAAACGACCGCUCCUGUUUUAAAGACUCUAUAAGUUCAGUGAGUUUGAUUGUUGUGAUCUCAGUAUCAACCACAAUAAUCCUAAUUAUGGUUGAUGCCAUCAUCGAGCAGGCCUACCUAGUUGUAGGAAUGUAAAGGCCUCUCCCAGCUCUACCUCUUUGCCUGUUUCUAGAUUGACUAAAAGUCAGCUUAGUGGAAGUCAAAAUUUCCACCAUUUUUUGGAUUGCGACACCUCUGGGAAGCUUCAUUCAGACCAUAUCCAUGUGUUUUUACUGCCUAUUAGAGACAGAAAUGAUAGCUGUAACUAAGAAAGCAGCAUAAGAAAACUGCUGUAGUGUUACAAUGGUGAAUAUUAACCACACCUAGAACACCUUUAAUCUCAUCCUGUUCAUUAAAAGGACCCUAAAAAUGAACAGAGUCACAAGAUGCUGCCCUCAGUAUAUAGAUCCUAAUAUCAGUCACUUUUUUUAAGAUUGUACCUCAUGGUUUUUGGGCAUUUUCUCCUCAUCUUGAUAUUCUUCAGUGUUGCUUGUUUGGAGCCACAGAAGGCUUAAAUAUCCAUCAAUACAAACCAGUGUAUGAUGCGCUUUACUGAAUGCAUGUUUAACCCGAUUUGACUCGAUUCUCCCUUCACGAGUUAAUCCCUUAGCAUCACUGUCCACUUAGACCGCAGCUCAAUGCAAAUGACUGAUAAACCGCAGACAUAGAUAGUUGAGACUGUGUUAAGUAACUGUGUGCCGUCUAUGAACCACCCAGGCACGACACAAAUGUCCAAAGUAACAGCCUUAGAUCCUUCUUUUUCAUCAGGAGUGGGCGGUUUCCAAAUCACGCUCAAUCCUGGUGGGGAUAAGGGUCAAGAAAAACCCUUUUGAAUGAUGCUCUCUGCCCCAUUCAGAUUAACAGAUGUGGGUUUGACCCAUUUCUCUGUCGGUCUUAAAGGGGUAUUACAAAUCCCAGCAUCUGACAUCUAAAGUCCCAUAGCAACAGUAGUCAGAAAACUGCUAAUCCAUCUUUUAUCCAAUGCUUGCACACUAUUUACCUGCCCAUCUCUGUUAAAACUUCACCAACACUCAAAUGAAUUUAACUGCAGUGCAGUGACAUGAAAGUGAACUGAGCAGCAUUCGUACAGCAGUGAGGCCUAUUCAUGGAGCAGGGGUGAAGAACUAAAACACUUAAAAGAAAUCAUGAUCAGAAGCAUAUAAAAAUCCUAAACGACAACCUUUACUCUUUUAAAUCAGUGCAGUAGAAAGAGUCGGCCUUCAUUCUCAGUCUCGUGCUUUUCCCUUAAUUAAUCAAACUACCAUCGACUGUGUGAUGUGCUGCUCUGACUGCUUCAUGUAGAAUGAGCUUUUACUAACACAGAAGAUGCAUGGCACUCAGAGCCAGAGCUUCCACUACAUUUACUAGAGCUAAUAUGUGACUCUUUCGCUCAGUGUAUUAACAGAUGCAUUGUGCUGCAGCUGCUCCAUGCAUUAAGAUUAUGUUUAACAGCUAUUGUCUGUACCGUGAAAGGCUGAGCACAGAUGUACAAUUUCAUCAUCAUGAUAGUGUGUCCGCAAUUAGAUUUUUGCACAACUCUGAAUUCAAAAGGGAAAGAACAAAGACAAGACGAUUACAGGGUCAAAAGUCAACACACAGUCAAUUUUUAUGAUAGAAAAUCAAAGAUCCAUUGCACAACAGUUUCCUGUGUUGAUCUGAAACAGACUCUCACAUUUUUGGAAAGUUUAGUUAUUUUUUCAGUCUGUGUUUUUUUAUGUUUUCUCUUGCCAUUACUCCUCUAAUUUGCUUAUCCUGUACAGACCACUGCAGGAGCCCACAUCACCAUGUCUCAUUUGCCUUUGUUAAAGUCAAAUAACUAAAUAGAAUAAAACUUCUUGUGAAAAUGAGCAUUUGGACAUAAAUCAGCUGAUGAAAGAACCAUGUUUUUAGUGUGUUCUAACUUUAGAGUCCGGUCAUUCUCCUAUCUGCUAUUAUUAUGGCGGCACAGUUAGGCGCGGUAAUAUGUACUGUAGUCCGUCAUCAUGGGGAGCUCUAAAUCUUUUGGCUUCAAGCAAGGUGGAUACUUGUGGUGUCUACAUUACUUUAAGUCCAUUUGGUACACAUAUUUGCUUUUCUGUUUCAUUAGCUUGUUGUUGGGACCGUCAGUGUGCAAUACAUAAAAGUAUUUAUUAACGGGUAUUCAGCGCCCUCACAUCUUGGUUCAAACAUGCAAACGUGUUCAAAAAAGACCUGUCAUGCAAAAGUAUUGUGGUAGAAGUAUUGGUAUCAUAGGAAUAAAAACAAAGUGAAAGCAUCUUAGUGCUGUAAGAGAACGAAAAGUGUCCCGGUUGGCUAACAGGCUAGAUAGAGUGAGGUCAUGUGGACAGGUUGACAUAUCAGUAAGUCUAGGAAGAACCAGACAUCUAGUAUUUAAAUGGAAAUAAGUUGAAUGGGAAUCUUUUAUCCAAGCCUAAUCUGCAAGCAUCAACAGCACAGUCACAGCUACUCUGAAGUCUGACACUCCAGCAUCUGAUUUGUAGGUUGCCAUGGGAAACAACACCAGCUGGUAGAGAAACACAUCUUUAAACCAUAAUAUUUUUAUCCCCUUUGAGUUCUAGCUGCUAAAAUCCAAAUCCUCAGGCUCGCUGCGUGUUGUUUUUGCUGUAGCACGUAUUUUUGAUAUGUAAAACCACUGCUGUAUGAAGGAGCGAUCAGAGUCUCUUCAGGAGUGGGUGUGAGUGGGAUGCUGCAUGUUGUAGGGGAUGGUUCACGGCUAAAUGAGAUCUCUGAUCUUAAAAUACAUGUGAAGGGCAUGAUGAGCUUAAUUUUAGAAAGUGAUCACUUCAGUCGGUGUGCUAAAGUAGGAAACAGGGUUAUAGCCCCAGAAAAUGUCUGUCUUCUCUCCGCCACCACUUCCUGUUUUCUGGUUCAUCCUCAUCCAUCAUGCCUUCCCUGUUGUUUUUGUCCUGAAGGCAGAGGAAGCAGCCAUUUUCUGUUUGUUCAUUUCUGUAGUAUGAGCAUACCCCGAAACCUCAAUCCAAUAAUGAACGCGGCCCAAUGUCAUCUCAGGACAUGUCAGUGUCCCGAAAUGAGCCCUGACUCAGGGAUGAGUCACAGAGGCACUACAAAAAACACCCACCUGACCCCACCUACACUCAACAAAAUCAGUCUCAUAUCACAACAUCUGAAAGCAUUUCUUACCUUAGCAGUAAUAUGUGCAGGACAUCCAAGUUUAGGAGUACCCCCAUUAUCUUUCACUCACUCACUCUCUGUGAAGUUUACUUUUCCUUUUGCUGACUCACUGUCAGACAGUGACGGGACAUAAAUGCUAGCUUUAUUGUAAAACAUCACAUCUGCCCAAACCUGCAGUUGUUGUGUUGCUCAAAGGAGAGGACAAGGACAAGCUAAAAAAGGAAUAAGUAGGGAGUAUUCAUGUUGCUUCUUACUGGGUGCUGAGUGCCGUCUUAGUGAGGGGGAAACAAGUACAGACAGAUGUCUGCUUCCAGGAUAUUCACUUUCAUGGGUGUUGUCUAGAGUGAAAAAAACACACAAGUAGUGUUAUUUCUUACACUUAAGCAGCACUCUUGGCGACCACUGGGAAAGGAUGGAAAGUUACAUGUCAGUCUCUCAGGUGUUGUGUGUUGUACUUUUUUAUUUUAGUGUAUUGUAGUUUGCUACAUUUCACUUUGCAUCUAUAAUGAGUAAAAACAAAUUAAAAUGAAAAUAAUUUCUAUCAACUGGGUGACUGCAGGCUGAUUGACUUACAUCCACGAUCUGACAAUCCAAUGAACUAGUCAGUUAUCUCCUGGUGAUGAUAUCUGGACCUUUGGGCAACUCUUUUGGCUUCCUGUUUUGCCAGAGGGCAACAUUACAGGACUUCAAGACUUCAAAACUCCCUUAGCCUUGCGUGACCUUUGUUUGCAGUGCAACUAACAACUUGAAAAGCAAGACUAGAGUUGGGGUUUAGAAACCGAUAAGAGCAGAUUUUCAUCUGUUUUCGGAGAUUAACUAAAGACCAAUUGUUGUUGAGUGACCGCAGAUGGACUCCAGGGUCUAUUAUAACAGAUUAUGAUCUGUACACUUUCAGAAAUGUGGCUGAUCCAGCUCAGUCUGUUAACAGAAACACUUACAUGCAUUAUCUGUCCAAAAGGAUUAGUUUCUCUGGUUUCCUGUAAGUAAGAGCCUUGAAAGAAGAAUACUUAGUGAACACCAGGCAAUUUUCUGAAGUGAAAUAACACGGUGGAUGACUUGUUAGCUUCUUUUAGACUUACAUUAACACGACUGAUGACUUGAGCUAGGGUUCAUCAGCACUUUGAUGUAGACAAUGGAGAUAAAGUUUUUAAGUGGCAUAUAAGUCCCUUGGAAGUGAGAUAUAACCAGAACUGGCUUUAACCUGCAAGGAGGUCUGAGGUGCUAGCUCUGCUGGUGUAAACCACACUCUGUAAACCAAUGACUCAGGGAUCCUGUAUCUGGCUCUGUAGAAUAAAUAUAACUCGAUAUUGACAGUUUUUGAUUAUUAUUUUACUUUUAAACAUCAGUUUGUCAGAACCAAAUUCUUUUUGGUUGAAUGGCUCAGGAAUUAGUUUCUUCCUAACGUUGUUAGUUGAUGUUGUCCAUGUCUCUCAUUUAUACUAAUGUAAUAACAUUGGCCCUGAACAGAGUGAUGCUUCAGGUGUGGAGCAAAGAGGGAUUCUGUUGCGCUGUCUUAAAAAGGACUUUUCUGGCUUUCAUAACAUGUUUUUUGAGUGUCCCCCUCAUUUCAUUUGAUACUGGAUUCUCAUGUUUAAUAUAAUUUUUUUCUGCUCGGUUCACAGAGUGCAUUUCUGAUCUUAGCAGAACAAUGGUCGAAGUUGUUGGGUUAUUGCUUUGGCUCCAUGAUGAGGCUUAUUUGUUUGGGAUUUCUCGCCCCUGAAUGAUUUAAUAGGAUUAUUGCAGACCUGGAAAGAAUGAAACGAGAGGUUUGACCAAGAUCAUGAUAGCUGCAGGAUAGACCAACCCUAUAAGGAGAAACUUCACAAACCCUGUAUCAGUCUAUGACUACUUAUUGGUUAAUGCAAUUACACAAUAUUCUCAGCACUGUCAUUGUUAGUAACACCACCAGUCAGAGAUGAAAGUACAGACUGUGGUCUUAAAAUGAAGAAUUUGAAGAAGAGCGAAUAGGAAAUGAUAUGCUGCAAAAGGCCAAGACUUGGAGUGAGACCAGCAGCUCCUGUGUGAAGAACUAAAGCCUCUUUUAUAAAAGGUGCAUCUCAUCAUCUGAGCCAUACUGGCAUCUCCAUCCGUGAUCUCAUCCAACAAUACCUGUGUCUUUGUCUUGUUUGGCCUCUCUGGCCCAAUUAGGUCUCCAAAUCUUUCAUCAUUUCUGUUAUUUCUGGAUCCUAUUAUGAGCUUGUAUCAUUGGACAAACGAAAAGACUGUCAUACAUGGUAGCAUAGCAACAAGAAGCUACUCGAAGCUCCUUCUCCACCAUCAUUACUAAGACUCACACAUACCCGCUUCACAUCCCCCUUUUCUCCUCGCCAGGCUCCAGCUCCAUUCACACACUGCCUGUGACGUCCGGUGGUCCACAGCGCCUUUGUGCUCGGCUGAGUGAAAGAGGGUCGGCAGGGGGGUUGUCACAUCAGGUUAGAAGAGACAGGAGUGCAAGAAAAGGAGCGAGGAAGAGGCAGAGGGAAAGCGUGUCAAGAGGAAAAAUGAGAAGCUUCAGGACAGUGGAAAGCUUUCUCUACAUGAAUUGUAAUCCAUUAAAUGAAAAUGUAAGGAAGAAGGCAUUGAGGUCUUACCCAGCCUCUACUUAGCCCCAACAUAUCCUCUCAAACUCCCAGCCCCGCAGCUCUUUCUGUGUCUCUCCUGCGGAUAUUAAUGGCCACGCAGAGAGCUGUCAAAGAGGAAAUUAUUGAUUGUCCUGCCUGGCCUUUGUUUGUAUUAACACUCAGUUGUUUGAAAGUUUGACUGCCUUGUGCAAGGAUGAGUCACGAGAGAGCUAGCGCGAUUGAUGAGCUUUAUGGGCAGACAGAAGCCCAUUGUCAUCCCGGCACCGCAGCUUCCGUCAGGGCUUUCUGCUUGACCUACAGCCCUCUGAAACAAAGGCUGCCAUGUUAUUACAGCCGUUUGUUUUUCUGACCUCUCUGCUGCUCCAACACUGACCUACUCUGCUUGUUGCUUUGGCUGUAGGUCAGAUACUUGUUGACACUAAUUGUAAGUUAAUGGGCUAUGGUUAAGAGUGGUAAAGAGCUGAGGCGGAGCUCCAGUAAUGACUAAUGGGGAGCAGCGGGGUGACUUUCUCCUGUUCUUGUAAGUGGGAUCGUUACGCAACAGAUGUCAUUUUAUUGUCUGCCUAUCUUCAUACUCAAGUACAGAGGUCGUUUUAUUUAUGCCAGUUGUAAAUUUUACAACGUCUUCUGUUGAAACAGUCCUAACUGAACAAGCACAAAAGUUAACAGUCCUGCCAGUGGCCUUCUACGUGCUGCAUUGUUUAUUACAGUGUAAAAAAGGGCAACACCUCUCCCAACACAAUGUCUCUGAGGCUGACAAGAAUGUCAUUGAUUCAACACAUACCGUGUCAAAAACCAAAGAAUACCACCAAUCGAAGUUUAAAGACCCACUCCAAUGAAAAUCCUGUUUUUGUUGUUGUCUGCAUGUUCAUACGCAUUAUGAGAAAAAUAAGUAUGAAAUUGCAUUUCUGAGUAUUUCUGCAUUCAAAUUGCUGUGAAUCUCUGACAAACCCAAACAGCAGGCUCAGAUACAGUGAGAUUUCCGACAUAGUAAAUCCAAGCUCCGCCCCUGUAGCCCCUUUAUGCAGGCCACACUCUGAGAAAUAGAGAGGACAAUCGCGGAACAAGCGCGUGGGUUAGCGAAUUGCAAUGCUCGUAAGAAAGCUAAUUAUAGCAUUUGCUUUCAUCAUGUCCCCAAAGACAUUAGUGUCUGGGUGAUGAAUAGCUCCUGUUACCUGCCACCUUUGCUGCACAAGCAAUGUUAGGCUGCAAGCUAACGUGAAGAGGAGUGUGCAGAGCAGCACUGACUCCGCCCAUGACUCAGAGGCGAAUUGUUAAUGAGCUACUGGAGCUCUGCAGUGGGACUAAUACCGGAUGGAGUUCAUCAGAAUUAUUAGAAAAUAAUCUGAAGCACUGCCAACCUUACUAAGAAGGGAGUGCACCUAGUAGUUGCCAACACAUUACACAAAAACAACCUCAUAGUAAUAGUACAGAAGAAACAAUCACCCAGAUCAUCCUCAGGGGAUCAUGCAUAUUUGUGCAAAAUAUCACAGUAACCAAAAGACUGUUUUACAUUGCCAUCCAUCAUUUCAUGAAAAUGAACUUCAUAGUUUUCAUAAAUGUGUAUAAGCAGAUUAAAAAUGGUUCAUCUUCUGGGCAGCAUGAAUGCACCUGUAUGCUAGGCACGCAGACCAACCAAGGCUGGAACUCCUCCUAAAAUUCCCUGGUAAUCUGCUCCUCUUGCAUUGCUUUAGCUUGAAAACCUAACCAAAGUCAUUUAGGUUCAUCCCCUGGUGAUCAUGAAUACACAGACUUUGGUUGCAGUUAUCUUGGUUUAAUUAGCAAACAGUAGUAUGCCAUUAUGCAUGCUCACCCUGACCAUCCAUAAAAGCUGAUGUUAAGUAAAUAGGAUAGAAAUGGUUUGUCCUCUUUGUGGUGUUAAUAAACUCAGGAGAUUUGGCAGACUAGCCAACUUACAUCAGCAACUUCAGGCUCUGCAUACCUUGUUUAAGGUCAGAGCAUGGCUGGAGUAACUUGAAGUUUGGACGACGUUUGAUCUAGUCUGUGUCCUGUAACCAACCAUCAAAGUGACUCCUGGUGUGUGAGUUGGCUAAAGGUGUGAGAUAUAGAGUAGCUUGUUUGCACUUGUCCCCACCUACAGCGCUGCAGCCUCUUAUAUACCCUCAGCCACGUCAGCAUCCCUGCCAUUAAGCAGCCUAUGGCCUGUGUCUCCAAGAGAGAUAACAUGGCCCUCACAAACAAAGCAGAUUUUACAGUCGCCAUAGAAACAGGAGAUUGCACAGCUGGGUUGCUCUUUGCCCUCCACUCCCUUUUUCUUUUUUACAGUUCAAGUAAUCUGAUAAAACCAGACGGUUAGGUCUGCUGAACUGAAGUGUCGCUGUAAUUGCUGCUCUGUGUAUCACCCAGCCUUAAAAGUGGGUGUAGACGUUAGAGGACUGGUUUGACUUCAUCAGAUGAAUACAUCAUUAGUCAUUGGUUUACAUGAGCGGAGAUGGUAGCAACAACUGAAGCAGGGAUUAGCUGCUCCUGGAGUCUAACCAAAGAAGGAUGAAACAGCUGCUGGCUCACAGUGGCUCCGAUGCACCUUAGAGGUCACAGGUCUAAGCUCUCUAGAGCGCCUGUGUCCUUGAGCGAGAUGCUGAGGCACGGCCAUGUGUCAAGGAUGCUGCAACCUGUCAUGCAGCACAGCCUCUGGGGAGCAUUUCUCUUAAUAUGUCUGAAAAAAGUUCAGAAAGUCAACCGUUAGUGCCCUUCCUACACUGCGGCAGCAGUGUAGAAAAACCUGUUUGGGUAGUUGGGAUGACAACAGGAUAUGAAACACUGCAAACCCUCUCACCGUUAAUGAAACAAUGGAGUAUGUAGAUAAGGUGUGUCCUGAUACAACUUUUUUUCUUCUGAUACAAUACCGAUAUUGUAGCCUUCAGUAUCGUCCGAUACCGAUUUUGAUCUGAUAUUGGCACAAACUUGUGCAUGACAAAUUUUGCACUCAGCUGGAAUGUCUGUUUCGGACUUUAACGGAAAUACUGCCACACAGCCUACAUCACUCGUACUCCUUGCUUCUUUGUUCGUACCUUAGUACACACUAUUGUUGUGAUCACGUGGGCUCAACAUGCUGAAGCCAGGCGCUGCUAGAUAGAGGUGCUGGAGCGGAGUCUGGAAUGGACUGCUUGUAUUGGAGUGCUGAUAUUGGAGAUCUUAGAUGCAGACCGAUAUAAUCAGAUAUUUGUUUUUUGGCUGGUAUCAGACCGAUAUCUAAAAUCCGAUAUCAAUAUCAUAUCAGGACAACCCUAAUGUAGAUGAGGAUAAUCAUGACUAGUCCUGCUGCUAGUUGAAUUGAAUUUCCCUCCAGGGAUUAAUAAAGUUAUUCUUAUGCUAUGGCUCUAUGGAUGCUAAUCUGUUAUAUGGUCCAGUGCUUUGGACAUAUCGGUCAGAUGAGUCCCCAUUAAAUCAAGUUUUUAUAGAUGUUUUUACCCCCCAAGAUAAAUCUAACUGCCUUUUUUUCCCCUGCUGCACCAGUAAGAAGUAAAAUAUCCCAACGUCUAUCAGAUUGAUGGUGCAAAUCUAUACCAACAGUUGUGGCCCCCAGCCGAUGUAUCCAAAUAACCUUAGCUAGGGCCCAUUCAUAUCUGCAAUGAGGAGCAGGCUAAAAAGCUUGAUUGUAAAAAACAAAACAUAUUUGUAAAAAUCAGGAGUUUUGUACUUAAUUGAGAUCUGUUUCCUUUAUGGUCUUAUCAUGACCCUGCUAUCCUGAAGAUAAGGCUUGUGUCCCCUGCCUUAGUCCCUCAGUUGGUCAUCUUUUGGUCAUCUGAGACCAAGACAGUUUGCUGAUGAAGUUUGGCAUCAUCUUAUGUCAGAUGUAGAGGUUGUUUGUUUUUUGACAGCCACACAGCUCAUCGGAAAGUUAACCAGGCAGUGAGUCUUAUUGUCUUUAUAUUGAGAUCAGUGGAGAGCCUCAGAACACUUUCCCUUACGAGAUGUGAAGCCAUAAUGCUGCCUGUGAGGGCACUGACAUGUCGCAGUAGUGCAGCAAAGGAGUUUGCAGUCCAAAGUCACACAAACCAAAUAAGAUUCCCUAGGAUGGUACAUCAUCAGAUCGAGUCAUGGUUGUGAGAAGUUUGGUGACUUAUUUUUAUGGUGUUACCUCUUUUAUCUUACUUUUCCUCCCAUAGACUGUGUAAAACACUGACGCAGACACCCGCUAGUUUCUGAAGCUGAAAAGUUUUGGAGCCUUUCGAUGGCAGUCGUUCUUUUGGAAAUGCUGACUCAUCUUUCAGUCGACCUACAGAGAGGCAGAGUCCAGGCCUGUCCUGUCCAUCAAGUCAGCCAUCCCAAUAAUUAUACUAUACCCCAAACUUGAAUAUCUUCUAAUGUGCUAUCACAAAAAAAAUCACCUUACAUGCAGUGUGUGCAAAAGUAGGAUAUAUUUAUUCAGACCACAAUGUUUUUGAAGCAGGCGGUUCACAUGUUUGUUCAUGCUGUAGAGUUUGUUUUUACAUUGGCUCCAUUUCUCAAGAUCGGAAGUUGCUGCUUGGUCCCUCCUCUACUCUGCUUCUCCAGUACAGAAGGCCGCAGGAGUCGCAUCUGUCAACCAAACUGUCCAUCAGUCAUCUUUUUGAAACCAAAUACCUCAAAAUUUCACACUUACACAUAAAGCAGCAGAAUUAGAGCAAACUACAGUGACGGAGGCCAUGUUAAAAGGGAACUGGUCUGUUAACAUGGAGGAGGCGGGGUUUGGGACCUAAACUGCAGCCAGUCAGUGUAGGGGCUAUGAAGGUUUUGGCUUCAUCACGAACACUUGUCCAUUUUCAUGGGCAAUCUGUGCUGUCAGCUGGUCAAAAUGGUACCAGAAUUGAUGAAAACUACCACCAGAUGCUUUGAGCUUAGCAAGGAGAAUAGCAGGACAGAAAAGACGUUUAUGGUCAAAUUCAACAGUAUUUACGUAAAUUUAAAUAUUUUUCUCAAUUAUUGAAACUGUAUUUAUCAACAACUUUGUAAUCUUAUAACUUAGUAAUUAUUAAAUACCUACUUAAUAUCCGUGUGAAUACAAUAGUUGAACUUGUGGAAAAAACUGUUCAAAUGUCAUAUUUGUUUAACUUACCUGAUAAGCUUUAGGUUUAGGUUUAUUUAUUUAGCACACACACAUUUUCGAUGGUGCAAGGAGGGAACGAAGCCGACUGGCUUGUACACAAGUUCCACCCCUGUCACUAAUUACACAAAACAAAAUUUCUAUGGCUACAUAAUACAUAAUCAAGGUUAUAUGAUCCAAAUGAACAAUGAACGUGAUGAAAACGAUUCAUACAUGGUGAAGUUUGGAUUAAAAUGCCCCUGAGGCACCUGGUCUGCAAUGACACUUUGCUCUCUGCUCAGAAUCAGUCCACAGCACUGAUGACAUUCCCAUCAGUCUCUUCUCAUUUGUUAAUGUUGGCGUGCUACCAUAUUAAACAAAGGUGGUGAGCUUAGUAAACUUUAGACCAGCUAAUGUAAGCAACAAGUUAGCUUUGUCGCUGGGCCUCGAAUUCACCUAGCAUGGCUGUUGACGCCUAGUUUUGUUUAUCUAAGGUGUGAAACAGGUUAGUCCCUCAAUCAGUUUCCAAGUCUGGGAGGAGACAGAGAGAGUGAAAAGGAAGUUGUUACGUAUUAUCAGCAGAUAACAUGGAUGUCCUGGUCUGUAAAGUGUGUUUUUGAGGUGAAAGACUAAGGCAGCAUUAUGUAAUCGCUGCCUCCAACAGAUGGAUUUUCAAAAGUCAAGUCUGGUGCAUUAAAUUAAAAGCAAAACAGCUUGAAACUAAAGCCAGCUCUAGACUCUCUAUUUUUACAUAUAUGAGUCUGAGCAUAAUCCCCUCAGUAUUAAACCCAGAAUGAAGUUUUCUGCAGAUAUUCAGUUGUGUUCAACGGGAUGGGCCGGGCCCCCUGCUGUGUUACGCUCAUGGAGCUGGAUUCUGUCCUAAAAAAAAAGGAAAGUAACAACAGGCUUUAUCGUGAAAAAAGGUCUGUAAGGAUGCCUCUGCUGCACGGUCCCAGUGGGGUAUAAAGGAUUAAAUCCUCCAGCCAGACACAGGCCUGUCCUAACAAAACAAAACCAGCUUUCAGAGCGGCAGACGGCCAAUCAGGACUCGCCAUCAGAGGAUGAUGUCAGGGAGCCUGAGGCGUGGUUUAUCCGGCUGGAUGCAGAGACUGUCGCUUGGGGGUGUAGUUGGAUUUAACAAAGCAGUUGUGGCAGUUUUUAGAGCUAAAGUUAGAUUGUAGUGGUGUGAUAGGACAUGUGCACACGAGACUUAAUUGUGCUUUGUGUCAACAGCCAAACAAAGGAUUCCUUCAGUGACCACCAUUUACUAGUUUUUCCCUUUCAAACAGCAAAUGGAUCCAUUGAAUUAGACCAGUAGAGAUACUAAAUCAAAGCUAUCACAUUACAAGUAUCUGGCAGAUGUUUUAUAGCAGACAAAGGCCUAAUGUUCCUGAUAUUAUCACCAUGUCAGCAUUGACUUAAAAAUAAGACAAUUGAGCUAACAAAAGUACUUUUCUUUCCUGUGUCCUCAGGUGACAGAGUUGAAUGAAUCACUAUCCAAUGAGGAGAGGAACCUGCUCUCUGUGGCCUACAAGAAUGUGGUCGGGGCGAGGCGUUCAUCCUGGCGUGUCAUAUCCAGCAUCGAGCAGAAAACAACAGCCGAUGGCAACGAGAAAAAGAUCGAGAUGGUGCGGGCCUACCGGGAAAAGAUCGAGAAGGAGCUGGAGACCGUGUGUCAGGACGUGCUCAACCUCCUCGACAACUUCCUGAUCAAGAACUGCAACGAGACGCAGCACGAGAGCAAAGUCUUCUACCUGAAGAUGAAGGGCGACUACUACCGCUACCUGGCCGAGGUGGCUACAGGGGAGAAGAGAGCCGCAGUGGUGGAGUCCUCCGAAAAGUCCUACAGCGAGGCUCACGAGAUCAGCAAGGAGCACAUGCAGCCCACUCACCCCAUCCGCCUGGGUCUGGCUCUCAACUACUCCGUCUUCUACUAUGAGAUCCAGAACGCCCCCGAGCAGGCGUGCCACCUGGCCAAGACCGCCUUCGAUGACGCCAUUGCUGAGCUGGACACCCUCAACGAGGACUCCUACAAAGACUCCACUCUCAUCAUGCAGCUGCUACGAGACAACUUGACGCUGUGGACGAGCGACCAGCAGGACGACGAGGGAGGAGAGGCCAACAACUAA